AUGGCUUUUGCAAAAACAUCGUCGAUUCUAAGCGUUUUAAAGAAAGAUAUAUGGACACGUAGUCAGCGUCUAGUCAAUUCGUCACCCAAAAUUGCUUUGUUAGGCGCAUCUGGUGGGAUUGGGCAGCCUUUAGGACUACUGCUUAAAAUGAAUAAGCAUGUAGCGAAAUUGGCAGUAUACGAUCUAAAACAUACACCGGGAGUAGCUGCUGACCUCUCUCAUAUUAAUACAAGAGCUCACGUAACUGGUCAUACCGGUCCCAAGGAACUGACUGAUGCCUUAAGUAAUGCGGAUAUUGUAGUUAUACCUGCUGGUUUGCCAAGGAAACCAGGUAUGACUCGAGAUGAUCUGUUCACUGCAAAUGCAAGUGUAGUUCGAGACUUAUGCGAAGCAGCAGCGAAAGUAUGUCCGACAGCUUUAUUUGCUAUCAUUACUAAUCCUGUCAACUCAACUGUGCCAAUCGCGUGUGAAGUAUUUAAGAAACAUAAAGUUUUCGAUCCUCGACGUGUAUUCGGCGUCACAACACUUGAUGUAGUACGAUCAGCUACAUUUGUUGCUGAAACUAAAGGUUUAGAUGUGGAGAAAACAAAUAUCCCAGUGAUUGGUGGCCAUUCUGGAGUUACUAUUAUUCCGCUUCUUUCUCGGUGUGAACCUUCUUGUAAAUUCUCUGAUAAUGAACUAAUAGGGUUGACGGAACGAAUACGAAAUGCUGGUACGGAAGUUGUGAUGGCGAAAGCUGGUGCUGGUUCGGCUACACUUUCAAUGGCUGCAGCAGGUGCAUACUUCAUUGAAGGUUUAAUGAAAGGUCUUAGAGGUGAAAAAAAUGUUCAGUGCGCAUAUGUAGCGUCAGAUGCAUGUGAUGGUUUAGAUUAUUUUGCAACUCCAUUAACGAUUGGCAAAAAUGGUGUAGAAAAGAUUUUGGGGAUGGGCAAGCUUAGUUCAUACGAACGAAAAUUACUGGAUAUCGCCAUUCCAGAACUGAAAAAAAAUAUCGCUAAAGGUGUGAAAUUCGUCUCUGGGUAA